AUGCCGUCAAAGGCCAGCGUCGAAUUGUGGCUUCGCGCCCAGGCUGCAAUACGUCAUUCGCGCGGUGAUAGGCAGGCUAGAGCUCCAGCAGGUGUGGCUCAUUUUGACGGCACCUGGCGCGGCAAAAUCCUGGAAGCUGGCGGUGCAGCCAGUCGCGUCAUUGCUCUCAUCUUUUGUUUAUUUCGUCCGACCUGGACAGGCUUCUCUGCAAGUUUGGACGACACGACGGACGAGCAAGGACGACCACCGCGUGCCAACGACAAAGAUUACCAUUCCCGCCAACACGUUUGGAUCGCGAAAACCAAGUUGGGAGACAGCCCCCGCACGCAACCUUCCCGGCGCCACCGCGCCCUUGCCUUUGGGACCUCGUGGCAGGCCUUGCAGCCGCGCGCAGGCACGCACCGGUACAUUUCCGCCAUAGGCCUCGCAGCGGGCGGUGGCGGACCGCAACCACCGGGAGGAGAGUGA